GCGGGUCUGACACUCGAAGAUCCUAGCAUGAGACCACUCUUUUGCUGCCAUCUCAGGAUUAAAGAUGCAGAUAAGGAAUGGAGCCAAGAUCCCGGCUUUCCGUAGACCAAUCAGGUAAGCACCGAGAGGCAUAGUAGAUAUAUCGGUCCAGUAUGUGCCAAAUGGCUCUUGCGAUUCGUGUAGCCUUCACGCCUCUUCUCGGGGCUCUUGGUACAGACAAGCUGAAGCCACCUUUGCGGCGUCGACAUAGCUGGUGAGCAAGUAUGUCUGUCGUCUUUGCCCACGAGGGUGAGCCCACAGUUGCGGCAGAGGAGCUGAAAGCUAUUGCAAGUGAUCACAGUAUCUCACUCUCAGAGUCUGAUGCGGCCGAUUAUCUCUUUCUCCUGAACUCUUUGGAUGCUACCAUCCAGCAGAUAGCAGAUUUACCACCAUAUGUUGACCCUCGUCUGCUGCCCGAGGAGAGCACCCUUCCGCGAACAUGGUCAAAGCCGACAGAGAAUCCGCAGAAUGCAUGGAGCCACCUGACCAACAUCACGUCUUCGAGGCCACUGGACACGCGGUUAGCUGGGAAGACGGUAGCCCUGAAAGACAACAUUUCAAUCGCUCAAGUGCCGCUGACGGGUGGAACGUUCCCUGAAAUAUUCCACGACAAGCCACAGGUAUAUGUCCCACAAAUAGAUGCAAUUGUUGUGAAAAGACUUUUGCAAUCUGGAGCCACAGUCGCUGGCUCAGCUACUUGCGAGAACUUCUCAAUGUCUCCACUUUCCUUCACCUCAGCGACGGGCCCCGUACACAAUGUCUGGCUGCGAGGUUACACCACGGGCGGGAGCAGCAGCGGUUCCGCCACGCUUGUAUCCAUAAAUGUCAUCAAUGCCUGGCGGAAGCGUCACAACCUGCCCUCCAUUGAACAUGAGCUUGGCCCUGGUGUUGACAUGGCUGUCGGCGGUGAUCAGGGAGGCUCGAUCCGCAUCCCAGCUGCGUACUGCGGAAUAUAUGGCCUCAAGCCAACACAUGGACUCGUUCCAUACACCGGUAUUUUGGGAUUGCAUCCCAUGAUAGACCACACUGGUCCGCUCGCAGCAAGCUUGGAGGAUAUAGCAACCAUGCUGAGCGUCAUGGCAGGAUACGACGGAAUCGACCCCCGCAUGACGCCCGAGUCUCCACUGCGAGCAAAUGUUAAAGACUACAAAGCUCUACUAGACUCAUGGGUCAAAUCCAAAGAAGAAGCCGGUGAAUGGACGCCCACAGCAUCAGGAAAAGGUCUUCGAAUUGGUUUGAUCAAGGAAUCGCUCGAGGUAAUGGGACUCUCUCCUACCGUCAAAUCCGCUGUUAUCGAAGCCGUUGCCCGCUUCAAAGCUAUCGGCGCUGAGGUGAAAGAAUUAUCCAUCCCGCUGCACCUCAUUGGGCCCAGCAUCUGGACGAUCGCCACGCGCAUGGGCCUCAGCUACUACGGCUUUCAGAACAAUCCACAGCCGAUGCUCAACUACCCCAUACCAGACCUGUCACCGCCAACUUUUGGCCAGAAGGCAUUCGACCUGCUCACCAAGCAUAAUCCAGCGGUUGUCAACAUUUUCUUCUCACACCAGCUGCGUGCGAAGGACCCUGCACGCCUUCGAAGCGUCACGGCCAAGGCUAUGAUGCACGUGCAUGAGCUACGUGCUGCGUACGAUGCUGCACUGGCGGAUGUGGAUGUUCUUGUCACGCCCGUGAAUCCAAGAGUAGGGAGCAAGCAUCCUGACCUAGCAAGCAGUGUUAAAGAGAAGAUGGAGCCUGGCAUCGGAGGUACGCUCAACACGUGUGGCUUCAACGUUACGGGACAUCCGGGAUUGAGCAUCCCAAUCGGAUUUGGGGAAGUCGAUGGUGCUAACGGAGGCAAGAUGCCGAUCGGCAUGCAAAUUGUGGGAAAGCGGUGGGACGAGGAGACGGUCCUGAAGGCCGCAAAGGCGUGGGAAGUGCCUGGCUUGGGCCUCGACACGUGGGAUGGGCGAUAAUACUGUAGAUGCUCACUAAUCGAGAGGCGAUUGAAGACUAGAG